UUGCAUAAUUUCCAUUUAGCAGAAAUUUCAUAACAUAAUUAUAGGAAUGCUUAUGGACUCCAUUUAGAGAUAACUCAUUGGAUCAUCCAUUCUAUAAUAACUUUUAAUCUCAGCCACCCAUGUAGGUCGAUCAUACGGAUUCUUUGAUACUAAUCAUUUGCGGACGGUCCAGAUGAAUAGCUAUGAUAGGAUGGACGGUUUCGAGGUGAUCAUGAAGCCUCUCACGCCUUUUUCUCCCGGGAAACCAACUUCCACAAACUGUCGUCAACGCUGACCGCUGGUUUCCCCUGAAAGCUCGAGGUUGGCGGAGAAGGAUUUGCCCAUUUAAAAGGGCUCCGGAAACAACCACCAAAUGAAUCCCUCUUCUAAACUUGGACAAGAACACACCCAAUUCUCCUCUAUCCUUCAUAUAAGGAAGCUUUUGGGAUUCUCUGUUCACCUGUUCUUCCUCUCCGUAAGGUUUCUGCUGCACAAGGCUCGAUGGGUGGCUGUGCGAGCAAACCUCAGGAGAUAAAUGGCCCCAGAAACCCCGACGGCCCUGCCGCCGCCGAGAACCCAUCCACGGCCGAGCCUGCUCCCCCUGAGAAUGUGCAGGCUAAGUCUGAGAGCGUCGAGGUCGAGGAGAGCAAGGAAACGCCGCUAGUCGACCUCUCUGAGCCGGCCGGCGAGAGCUCGACCGCUACUGCUGCCGCGGCUGAAGAGCUCCAUCCGGGGAUCAGCGAGCUGAAACCACUCGCAGAAGAAGAAUGGGUGACUCAUAAAGCUGAGAAGGAGAAGCCUGUUGCGGCUGAGGAGCGUCCCUUACAGUGAUCGAAAGCUGGAAGAGAUG